CGGCUCGGGGCGGCGCAGUGCGCAGGCGCGAGCGUGCGGGUCCCGCGGCGCGCGGCGCUCGGUUGGAGCGGGAGUGAGUGAGUUCCUGGGCGCGGAGACCGGGCACCCGCGGCCGCCCCGGCGCCAUGGCAGCCCUGCGCUACGCGGGUCUGGACGACACGGACAGCGAGGACGAGCUGCCCCCGGGCUGGGAGCAGAGAACCACCAAGGACGGCUGGGUUUACUAUGCCAAUCACGCUGAGGAGAAGACCCAGUGGGAACAUCCAAAAACUGGAAAAAGAAAACGAAUAGCAGGAGAUUUGCCCUAUGGAUGGGAACAAGAAACUGAUGAGAAUGGACAAGUUUUUUUUGUUGACCAUAUAAAUAAAAGAACCACCUAUUUGGACCCAAGACUGGCAUUUACGGUGGAUGAUAACCCUACAAAGCCCACCAGCAGGCAGAGGUAUGAUGGUGGCACCACCGCCAUGGAGAUCCUUCAGGGCCGGGACUUCACUGGCAAAGUGGUUGUGGUCACCGGAGCUAAUUCAGGAAUAGGGUUUGAAACUGCCAAGUCUUUUGCCCUCCAUGGUGCACAUGUGAUCCUCGCCUGUAGGAAUAUGACAAGGGCCAAUGAAGCUGUGUCACAGAUUUUAGGAGAAUGGCACAAAGCCAAGGUAGAAGCAAUGACCCUGGACCUCGCUCUGCUCCGUAGCGUGCAGCAUUUUGCUCAAGCGUUCAAGGCCAAGAAUGUAUCUCUUCAUGUGCUUGUGUGCAAUGCAGCGGCUUUUGCCCUACCCUGGAGCCUCACAAAAGAUGGCCUGGAGACCACCUUCCAGGUGAAUCACCUGGGGCACUUCUACCUUGUCCAGCUCCUUCAGGAUGUCUUGUGCCGCUCAGCUCCUGCCCGAGUAGUUGUGGUCUCCUCCGAGUCCCAUAGAUUCACAGAUAUUAAUGAUUCCUCGGGAAAACUGGACUUCAGCCGCCUUUCUCCAUCUAAAAGUGACUAUUGGGCCAUGCUGGCUUACAACCGGUCCAAGCUCUGCAAUAUUCUCUUCUCCAACGAGCUCCACCGCCGCCUGUCACCUCGUGGGGUCACAUCGAACGCUGUGCAUCCUGGAAACAUGAUGUACUCCUCCAUUCAUCGCAACUGGUGGGUGUACACGCUGCUGUUUACCUUGGCCCGGCCAUUCACCAAGUCCAUGAAGUUACUAGCCUGCUAUGAUCAAUGGAGCAUAAAUUCCAUGGCUGUAGGAGCCACAAACAUGGGUAUCCAGCCUUCCUGAAGCAUAAGUAGGAUUUAGCAAUGCUCUGUUUCCAGUAAGGCAAACACAAUGGAGAUUUGAUCAGAUCUUAGAAGAAAUCAAUGAAAUAUCCAAAAAUCUAAAUUAGCACAAAGAGUUGUACAAUUGCACGCACUAUUUUUAUUUUUAAUGAUGAAGGUAAUUCUCGACGUGGAUUAUGCCUGGUGAUUGUAGCUAAUUAGAAGAAUACAAGUUUAUAAUGUAUAAAUAAACACCACAGACAUAUACUGAAGUAUCUGUCUUGAGUUUUUCCUACUGGUAAAGGUGCACAAUUAAAACAGUCGGGAAUCUUUAAGGUUUUAAGCAGACUGUGUGCUCUCUGCCUGUCUCGGUUUUCACUGUUCAUUUGGGUCCUGCUGUUUAUCUUCUGCCCACUGGAAGAACACCCUUUUAAUAGAGUUGAAAAUCAUGAAAUGAAGGUAUUUUGUAAGAGGGAAAAAAGUCAUUGAUUGAAACAAAGAGUCAUGGCUUAGAGACUGAACUUUUGAUGAGAACUUUGCUGGUUGUGCCUUUGUUUAUCAUUAACUGUGGGAGAGCUCUCCCCACUUUCCACUCCUUAAUUUGAAGGUAUCCAAACUUUUUUUCAGAUACAUUCUGAUGCUGGUACAUAAUUGCACUGAGCCUACUUGACAGAAGUCUGGAAAAUUGCAAAGAUAGAGGUUUUCCUUGCAUUCUGGAAAUAUUACCCAGAACUUUUCCAAGCAUGCCAAAUCUUUUGCUCAGGGCAGGGGAAGCGUACAUGUAUGUGUGUUUGUGUGUGUGAGAGAGACAGAGAAAGAGGGGGAGAAAGAAAGUGUGUGUGUGUGGGGGGGAGGUGAAGGUGAUAGGAGAGCUGUGUUUGUAAAAACCAUGCAGAAAUAAUGUGUAUCUAUGAACCUUUCUUAUUCAUCUUUCUGGUGCUAGCACUUUAAAAUAAAAUCUAUAAUUUCUGAGCCAAAAGGAAACCCUUGCUUGCCUCAAGAUUUCUUAACUCCCUCUGUAUCCAUGGUUGAUACUGACCUACCAACAUGUACAUGUCUGUUCUCAUAUGCCUUUUUGAGAGCUUUAAAAACAAAUCCAUGUCUCAAGAAUAAUAACUUAGAACCUGCUUGUUACUGCGAUACCCACUCUGAGAAGUAGGUGGAUAGGACACGUCUGUUUGGAUGGUAUGGUGGAACAGAUGGCACCGUAUUUUUUUACAUCAUAAUUCUGCAAUCCCUGUUAGUGAAGCAGAGGUGAAAGAGGUCACUUGGUUUUUCCAGUGUCGAAUAGCUCCACAAUUCUUCUUUUUUUAAUUAACCAGUAUUUACCAAAUGCUUAUUAGGUCCUGUGCUAAGUAUUUUACGUGUGAUUUCUCAUCUCCUGACCACUCUUUGGUGUGGCUACUAUUAUUACCUGGACUUCUAACGGCGAAGAAACUGAGGCUCAGAGAGGUUAAGUAAUUAGCUCAGUGUCACACAGCUGGUGACAAAGUGCCUCUUAGCACCAAGACUAUUUUCCAGGAUCAUGCUGUGUGAGAGUCGAUGGUCUGACGAAGAGCAUGUGUUUGGUUUUUCGAAGAGGGACCCAGUCUUACUCUUCUGUUUUGUUGUGCUCAGAAAGAGUGUCAGGCCCACAGGAGGUACAUGGCACCCUCUGUGAAGAGAAAGGCAUGAAGAAGCUAGGGGCACCCAUACAUGUUCCUGGAAGUGGUUUGGAGGUGAGCACCCAGUCUGUGGGAGCUAGAGCUAUGCACAUCAGGGGGACCACUUUAGGAAAAGGUAAAACAUUUGGUAGGGAAUUUGGGGAGGAGCCCGCAAAUGUGAGGGGCACUGAAGCUUACUCUGGGUUAACAUCAAGGUUGUGCCAAGGCCAAAAUUACAUAAAACCAAGAUGGAAGUGCCUCUGUGGACGUUGGUGAGUGUCUCAUUCUUCCCUUUUAUUCUGCCGCUUCCAGACACUCAAGUGUGAAAGCCGCUCUCACGUGUGUGAUUUGGUGUUGGUGUCAUAUGAAAGAUGCGCCGUGUAUCAGCGUGUCCCCUUCUCUGGGAGAGACCAGCCAGCCCCCAGGAAGUGCGCCUUGGCUUUCAGGGGGACGUCCUCCAUCUGCAGAGCAUUCUCUGGCAUGGGAGACUUUGAAAAUGCUUUCCUUUUUACCUGCAUCUGGGUAGAUAUUUUUUUCUUUCCAGUAGUUUCUUAAUGGUCUUUAGUGAAGGAAGUAAGUGGCGCUGAUCAGUGAAGGCGGACAGUAAGAUUUAUAAUGUAUUUGUGCUAGCUGAUUGCCAACAGAACCGGCCUUUCCCAGCGGUGCUGUACGCAGACUUGGAAAAUCAAUAGGGAUUAACCUCUGACCUUCUUCACAUACUUAUACUGUGGGCUGCAUCGCUUACCAAUAUUUCAUCUGUUUCACUUAGCCGCCGUUAGUUACUCAAUAAUGUGUGGCCGGUCUCACAAGAUAACUAAUUAAUUUUUUAAAAUGCAGCAUCACUUGUAACUGUGAUAAAAUAUCACACCUUUGGAAAUCAAGGCCCUUUUGGUUUAUUUAUUAAACUCACAUUAAUUAGUCUUAAUUAAACAACAACAACAAGAAAAAAAAAUGGGGAAGGGAGGGAGUGCAAACUCUACGGUUUGUGUGGCUCACAAAAACUCCCUUGUGGUUCCCAGCGGGGGGACCUCUGCGGCUCUAACAGAGCAGGUGUGCCCUGGUGUCUCAGUUGGAACGUGGGCCUUUUUCAGGAAAAUUGCUACUCUUACCUUUUAGAUAUGUGUGUGUGUGUGUAUGUGUGUGUGUGUAUAUAUGUGUGUGUGUGUGUGUAUGUAUGUAUUUUUCUGUGAAAGGAAUAUCUGUAGAUAAAUAAAUAAGUAUGCCACUGUUCAAUGAAAUGAACCUAAUGUAUGAUUUUUAUAAGGAAUCAGAAUUAACUUUCAUGAAUUCUGUCUGCAAAUGUAUGCAAAAGUUUGUGUAAACAUAUCUUUUUAUGAGCUGCCCUCAAUUAUGAUUACAUAUGUUGAAAAAGGGGUAAAUUUGUAGUAAUACACUUUUUUACCUUUGCCUUUAAGCUUUGACAUAUAAUAAAAUGCUCUGCAUCUGUCUUAAAAA